AUGUCGCCACUGCUAUCGAUCGCGAUAUCGAUCGGAAUCGCCCACGCAUUCGAUGUGCCAUGUACACAGAAACUCAUCGGCAAUAGAUGUUUAUUCGAUGAAGAAUGUUAUGGAAUGAAUACUGUCUGCCGGAACGCCAGAUGCACAUGUCCAACCAAUUUUGAAGAGUUCGAUAUCGAUGACAGAACCACCGUUUGCCGACUUGCUCCAUCAAAGAUAGGCGAUACUUGUCAACGUGAUUGCAAACCACCUUUGUUAUGUCGUGACGGUCGAUGCGAAUGUUGGGGAGGAAGUAUUGUGGAUGGGGAGUGCGUAGUACCGUGUCCAACUGGGCAACAACUGUAUGGUGUUGAGUGUACUCGCGUCGCUCAUUAUGGUCAAGUGUGUGAGAAGGACAGUGAGUGUGUGGAUCCAUUCAAUGCAUGCGUUGGUGGAACCUGUCAGUGUGCUGCCGGCACAACCAGGGACAUAAUGCGGGGAUUUUGCUAUGCUGUUUGUCCGGAUGGAAUGCAUCCACGACAAACGUGUCGUCGGUUAUUCGUGAACGAUGUUGACAUGCUUGAGAACGCUGCAAACACUGAUAGUUGUCCACUUGGUUAUCGGUGUGUUACCUAUGGAAGUCCAUAUGUCGGACAUUGCUGCCGAUUGCGUUGCCCUUACGGAGAACCAGACCUUAGCCAAUCAUGUGACGCCGGCUCGCCCCCGGAAUCUAAAUGUCGGCCUCUCACCCACUUCUGUUAUUCUAUCAGUGAACCAGGGUGGAAAUCUUCUCUAUGUUGCCCACGGCCGUGUCGCGACCCAACUCCUUUAUACAUUAAUGACCAAUGCCUCUCGAUAGCUCACCGAGACGAUCCGUGCCAAAUCGAUCAGCAGUGUGAAGGCGGAAUUUCAAUGUCAUGUACUCUUGGAACCUGUCAGUGCAAACUUGGCUAUCACCCGAACAAUGAUAAUCGAUUUCCAACCUGUCAAAAAAGUUGUAACCAGUUGGAUGAGGUCGCUUCAACGGAUCGAUGUCUUCCAAAAGCGCAACUUGGACAGCGUUGCCUAUCCAAGAAACAAUGUCCGAGUUUUACGGACUGUAGGUAUGGGACAUGUCAAUGUUUAUGUGGCUACAAACAAGUCCGAGACAACAUCCUUGGAACUCGUUGUACGAAUCCGGACGAUCCGCUCAGUUUGAAUACGAUUCUUACGGGAGUAGAGCAAUUAUUUGGAAACAAACACUCCACACGAAAUUAG